CCUUUUUUUUCACUCAUCAACCACAGAUCCUCAAACAAAAUCCCUCACAAUCUUGAAAGAAAAAACUUUUCGAAGAACACUGGUAGAUCAUCAAUUGCAAUCAUGUCUCUCUCCAGCAAGCUCUCGAUCACCGACGUCGACCUCUCGGGAAAGCGAGUCCUCAUCAGAGUCGAUUUCAAUGUCCCUCUCGACGCGGAUAAGAAGGUUACCAAUACCCAGCGUAUUGCGGGAGCUGUCCCAACAAUCAAAUACGCUAUUGACCAUGGCGCGAAGGCCGUUAUCCUCAUGUCCCAUCUCGGCCGUCCAGACGGAAAGGUCUCAGCCAAGUACUCUCUAAAGCCUGUUGUGCCAGAAUUGGAGAAGCUGCUUGGAAAGAGCGUCGAAUUCGCUCCUGAUUGUGUUGGGCCCGAAGUUGAGGCUAUCGUCAACAAAGCAAGCGGUGGUCAGGUCAUUCUUUUGGAGAAUCUGCGUUUCCAUGCUGAGGAGGAGGGAAGCUCCAAGGACAUAGACGGAAAGAAGGUCAAGGCGGAUAAGGAGAAGGUUACGGAGUUCCGAAAGGGUUUGACAGCCUUAGGAGACAUCUACAUCAAUGAUGCCUUCGGAACUGCCCACCGCGCCCACAGCUCCAUGGUUGGCGUUGACCUCCCACAAAAAGCCUCCGGGUUCCUGAUGAAGAAGGAACUGGAAUACUUUGCAAAGGCUCUUGAGAACCCUCAACGUCCCUUCUUGGCAAUCUUGGGUGGAGCCAAGGUCUCAGACAAGAUUCAGCUCAUCGACAACCUUCUCGGAAAGGUCGAUAGCUUGAUCAUCUGUGGUGGAAUGGCUUUCACCUUUAAGAAGACAUUGGAGAAUGUCAAGAUUGGCAAUAGUCUCUUUGAUGAGGCUGGUAGCAAGACUGUUGGAGAUCUUGUUGCAAAGGCAAAGAAGAACAAUGUUGAGAUUGUGCUUCCCGUCGACUAUAUCACUGCGGACAAAUUCGACAAGGAUGCAACCACUGGCACAGCUACUGAUGAGGAAGGUAUUCCGGACGGAUGGAUGGGUCUCGACUGCGGCCCAAAGAGUAUUGAACUCUUCAAGAGUACGAUCAGUAAGGCCAAGACCAUCCUCUGGAACGGCCCACCUGGGGUGUUCGAAUUUGAUGCCUUUGCCAAGGGUACGAAAGCAACUCUCGAUGCCGCAGUUGAUGCCGCACAAAACGGAAAGAUUGUUAUCAUUGGCGGUGGUGAUACCGCAACUGUUGCUGCCAAGUACAAGGUCGAGGAGAAGCUCAGCCACGUCUCGACCGGUGGUGGAGCAUCCCUCGAGCUUCUCGAAGGAAAGGAACUCCCCGGUGUCACAGCCCUGUCGAGUAAGUGA